CCGUGCCGCUCCGCUCGCCCGGGCCCCGCCGAGGCCGCUGCGCCCCCGCCUCCUCGCGGGAGGACUCACUCCAAACUCCCUGAACUUCGGGGACAGUCCCCCGAAGCGGCGAAACUCUCAGGGUUGGCAGCCCUGCCCAGGGAUCCCCAUCCCGGGCGGCGCUCCGGACGCCCUCUCCUCACCGCGGCCCCGCAGACACGUGCCUGGACUCCGAGGGCCUCUGGAGCCCCCGGCCCGGCCAAGAUGCUCAUGAGGAAAGUGCCCGGCUUCGUCCCGGCCUCCCCGUGGGGGCUGCGGCUGCCGCAGAAGUUCCUCUUCCUCCUCUUCCUCUCGGGCCUCGUCACCCUGUGCUUCGGGGCCCUCUUCCUGCUGCCCCACUCCUCUCGCCUCAAGCGCCUCUUCCUGGCCCCCCGGACCCAGCAGCCUGGCCUGGAGGUGGUGGCCGAAAUCGCCGGCCAUGCCCCAGCCCGCGAGCAGGAGCCGCCUCCCAACCCGGCCCCUGCCGCGCCGGCCCCGGGCGAGGAUGACCCCAGCAGCCGGGCCAGUCCCCGCCGCAGGAAAGGGGGGCUGCGGCGCACCCGCCCCACCGGGCCCCGCGAGGAGGCCACGGCGGCCCGGGGCAAUAGCAUCCCGGCCUCCAGGCCCGGGGACGAGGGCAUCUCUUUCCACUUUGACUUCAACGCAUUCCGGAGCCGCCUCCGCCACCCGGUCCUGGGAAUGAGGGCGGAUGAGAGUCAGGAGCCCCAGAGCCGAGUGCGAGCCCAGCGGGAGAAAGUCAAGGAGAUGAUGCAGUUUGCUUGGCAGAGCUAUAAGCGUUAUGCAAUGGGGAAAAACGAACUCCGUCCACUAACGAAAGACGGCUACGAGGGUAACAUGUUCGGAGGCCUCAGUGGGGCGACGGUCAUUGACUCCCUCGACACCCUCUACCUCAUGGAGCUGAAAGAGGAGUUCCAGGAGGCCAAGGCCUGGGUGGAAGAGAGCUUCCACCUGAAUGUGAGCGGAGAAGCAUCCUUGUUUGAGGUGAACAUUCGCUACAUCGGGGGACUCCUCUCAGCCUUCUACCUGACGGGAGAAGAGGUGUUCCGAAUAAAGGCCAUCAGGCUGGGAGAGAAGCUCCUGCCGGCGUUCAACACCCCCACAGGAAUCCCAAAGGGCGUGGUGAGCUUCAAAAGCGGGAGCUGGGGCUGGGCCACGGCCGGCAGCAGCAGCAUCUUGGCGGAGUUUGGAUCCCUGCACUUGGAAUUCUUACACCUCACCGAGCUCUCUGGCAACCAGGUCUUCGCUGAAAAGGACCACGUCUCGGUUGGAGGACUCGGGGACAGUUUUUAUGAAUAUUUGAUCAAAUCCUGGUUGAUGUCGGGCAAGACAGAUAUGGAGGCUAAAAAUAUGUACUACGAAGCCUUGGAGGCGAUAGAGACCUACUUGCUGAAUGUCUCUCCCGGGGGGCUGACCUACAUCGCCGAGUGGCGAGGGGGGAUUCUGGACCACAAGAUGGGGCACCUGGCCUGUUUCUCCGGGGGCAUGAUCGCCCUUGGCGCCGAGGAUGCCAAGGAAGAAAAGAGGGCCCACUACCGAGAGCUCGCAGCCCAGAUCACCAAGACGUGCCACGAGUCAUACGCCCGCUCAGACACCAAACUCGGGCCCGAGGCCUUCUGGUUUAACUCCGGCAGAGAGGCCGUAGCCACCCAGCUGAGCGAGAGCUACUACAUCCUCCGGCCAGAGGUGGUGGAGAGCUACAUGUACCUGUGGCGACAGACCCACAACCCCAUCUACAGGGAGUGGGGCUGGGAGGUGGUGCUGGCCUUGGAGAAAUACUGUCGGACAGAAGCCGGUUUCUCCGGGAUCCAAGACGUGUACAGUAGCACCCCCAGCCACGACAACAAGCAGCAGAGCUUCUUUCUCGCGGAGACACUAAAGUAUCUCUAUCUUCUGUUCUCUGAAGAUGACUUGCUCUCCCUGGAAGACUGGGUGUUCAACACCGAGGCCCACCCGCUCCCGGUGAACCACUCAGACAGCUCCGGCAGGGCCUGGGGCAGACACUGACCUCAUCCCCCGCCGCCGCCCUGGGGCCACCGCAGGGAUGCCUUGCCUUUUCAGGAUUUGGGACUGUUUUCAAAGGGACUGGGAACGAAGGCCCCAUCUCGGGCAGACCCCCAGCAGAUGUGUCAGACAAGCAACUUCUUUUCCUCUGUGAGGAGACAAGACUUGGAGACGCAGCAAUGUAAGGCCAGGGCCAUGGCCACACUGGCCCACACAUUCCUUUCUACAGAGAAUUUCUAUGAAGCCCUCUCACUUGCCAUUCCAGGGCCAAAGGACCGGAGGUUUGCAAUCUGCCCCAUGUAUUUGAUUUGCUUCCUUUUGGUUUCUCGGUUUUUGUUUUUGCUUGAUUUUGUCUUUUCUCUAUGGUUUAGUUUUAUCACAAUUAUACAUACAGUUUUCAGAAUUAUGCGCUUUCUAAAAUGAUGUCAUCCUGAUAAACAAAACCCAGUGUUUGCACACAUACAAAAUCUUGACCCCGUUAUCUAUAUUUUAAAUGCUUUUUGCCCAACACUGACCCUGCAUUCAACUAUGUGUCAUUUACCUUAUAAUUUGAGGAGGGGUUUCCCUUUGAUUGGGCCUCAGUGUUACAAAUCACUAGUGCUCUUUUCAUUAUUAUUGUAAUGGAAAAAUCUGUGAACUAGAAUAAAAGAGUUUAUUGAAUAAGAAAUAUGAUUGGGCUCAUUGCACAUCAGUGACUCCUAGAAAAACCAUUGCAAUGUUACCAUCAGAAAGAAUAAUCAGCCAGCAGUUGAUUUUAGGUAUAAUUUAGUAAAUGAUUCCAACUUCUAUUACCUCCCCUGAAAUCGGUCCUGAUAUAUUCAAGAAGUGUGGGGCCAGCCCUUCAGAUGCAGUUGUUUAUUUACACUCAGGUUGAGAUUGGGAAGAGGCCCAGGGAGGAGCAGCAACUUGCCUGAGGUCACACAGCCCAAAAAAGGCAGAGGAGAGUCUCACCCCUGCCGUCUCCUGGCCACCCCAGUUGAGUGUCUGUCUGUUCCAUCAUUCAGCAGAUGCUUGGUGAGUGCCUGCAACGGACCAGACACUGGGCUAGAGGCCAGGGACACCGCUGGGAGUGAGACAGUCAUAAGCCCUGCAGUCUAGGGGUCAAGAGGGGAGACGGCGAUGGUAAGGGAAACUGACAAGCAAGUGAAGUAACUGCAGGUCAUAGGAAAUGCUACAAAGGAGACAGAUGGACAGCUGAGGACCUACCCUAUGGGGUCAGGGAGGGCCUCUCUGGGCAGGUGACCUUCAAGCCAAGACCCAGAAGAUACAAAGGAACGCAGAAGGACUAUCUGGCAGAAGAAUGAACCUCCCAUAACCCAGCCCCCUUUCCUACCCCGCCCCCCCAUGCCCUCCCUGGGAGGGGGCCUGAAACACUGUGGCCGUUGUGCAGAGCAAGGAGUUCAGGUCCUAACACUGAAGUGACAGCGCUUCUUCCCCUGACACUUUUUUUUGUUUGUUUGUUUUGAGACCCAGAGUCUCUUUUUUUUUUUUUUUUUUUUUUUUUGAGAUGGAGUCUCGCUCUGUUGCCCGGGCUGGAGUGCAGUGGCCGGAUCUCAGCUCACUGCAAGCUCCGCCUCCCGGGUUCACGCCAUUCUCCUGCCUCAGCCUCCCCAGUAGCUGGGACUACAGGUGCCCGCCACCUCGCCCGGCUAAUUUUUUGUAUUUUUUAGUAGAGAUGGGGUUUCACCGUGUUUGCCAGGAUGGUCUCGAUCUCCUGACCUUGUGAUCCGCCCGUCUCGGCCUCCCAAAGUGCUGGGAUUACAGGCUUGAGCCACCGCACCCGGCCCAGAGUCUCAUUCUGUUGCCCAGGCUGGAGUGCAGUGGUGCGAUCUUGGCUCACUGCCACCUCCACCUCCUGGGUUCAAGCAAUUCUCCUGCCUCAGCUUCCCCAGUAGCAGGAAUUACAGGUAUGCGUCACCACACCCGGCUAAUUUUUUGUAUUUAGUAGAGACGAGGUUUUGCCAUGUUGCCCAGGCUGGUCUUGAACCCCUGAGCUCAGGUGAUCCGCCCACCUCAGCCUCCCAAAGUGCUGGGAUUACAGGCAUGAGCCACCACACCCAGCCCUUUCCUGGCACAUUUGCAGCUUGUCAACACAGUGGAAGUCACGGGAGAAUUUUGAGCCCUUCCCUGGGCUCAGCUGCUUACCCUGUUCAUAAGCUUUAGUAGCUCCUGCCUGGGGCCCUGAGCCAGGUGACCUGGCUUUAAAUCCCUGCUGUGUGAACUUAGGCAGGUACCUCCUCUCUCUGGGCUCUUUUCCAUCAAGCAGACAGAAAACCUCAACCCCACAAGGAUGCUGUGAGAAGUGGGAAGCUGCUGGUACCCGGGGCUCAGGAAGUGCUUGUUCCUGGUUCUGAAGACUCAGGACAUUCCCAGAAUCUCCUUAAGCAGAGCCGCUGGGGAGUAGCCCCUGUGGCAAGUCACCAUGCUCUUGACAGGCAGCAUGAGAGCGUGACUCCCAUGACCCACCUGUGCUCACUAAAAAAAAAAAAGCAAACCAGGAAAACUGACUACACAAACAUUGUAGAAAGAUUAGAAAAUAGAAGCAGAAAGAAGACGCAUUGGCCAUCCCACUCUCUGGGGUGAAUACUGUUAUAUUUUCUUCUAGGCCUUUUUCUAUGAAUAUAUAGAAUAUCUAUUUUGCCAACGUGGUAUCCUACUAUGCACACUGUUUUCUUAUAAUCUGCUUUUGCACUUAACUAUAUAUUGUGAACCUCUUUCCAUGUCAACAAAUACACGUUUAUCUCAUC